CCCGGCGGCAUUCCCGGCGCCGCAGCCAGUGCCCUGCGCGCCGUCCACCCCGCAGCCCGACGCUCCCGCGGGGGCCACUCGGUGGAGUCCCAGCGCGGAGCUGGACCGGCGGCCGCCGCCGAAGCAUGAAGAAGGGGUAAGGCGCGAGCCCCCCACGGUUUCACGGUGAGCUGGGACAGCGGCUGAGCUCAAGAUGCCGUUAGUGAAAAGAAACAUCGAUCCCAGGCACCUGUGCCACACAGCACUGCCUCGCGGCAUUAAGAACGAACUGGAAUGUGUAACCAACAUUUCCCUGGCAAAUAUAAUUAGACAACUGAGUAGCCUAAGUAAGUAUGCUGAAGACAUAUUUGGAGAGCUAUUCAAUGAAGCACAUAGUUUUUCCUUCCGAGUUAACUCCCUGCAAGAGCGCGUGGACCGCCUGUCUGUCAGCGUCACACAGCUUGAUCCUAAAGAAGAAGAGCUGUCUCUGCAAGAUAUAACAAUGAGAAAAGCUUUCCGGAGUUCUACAAUUCAGGAUCAGCAGCUUUUCGACCGCAAGACUUUGCCCAUCCCGCUGCAGGAGACAUACGACGUCUGCGAGCAGCCCCCACCUCUCAAUAUCCUCACCCCUUACAGGGACGAUGGGAAGGAAGGGCUGAAGUUUUACACCAAUCCUUCGUAUUUCUUUGACCUGUGGAAAGAGAAGAUGUUGCAAGACACAGAGGAUAAGAGGAAGGAAAAGAGAAAGCAGAAGCAGAAAAAUCUAGAUCGUCCUCAUGAACCAGAGAAAGUGCCAAGAGCACCUCAUGACAGGCGGAGAGAAUGGCAGAAGCUGGCCCAGGGCCCAGAGCUGGCUGAAGAUGACGCUGACCUCCUCCAUAAGCAUAUUGAAGUUGCUAAUGGCCCGGCCUCUCAUUUUGAAACAAGGCCACAGACAUACGUGGAUCAUAUGGAUGGAUCUUACUCACUCUCUGCCUUGCCGUUCAGCCAGAUGAGUGAGCUUCUAACCAGAGCUGAGGAGAGGGUCCUAGUCAGACCGCAUGAACCACCUCCGCCUCCACCAAUGCAUGGAGCAGGAGAUGCAAAGCCCAUACCCACCUGUAUCAGUUCCGCCACAGGCUUGAUAGAAAAUCGCCCCCAGUCUCCAGCUGCAGGCAGAGCACCCGUGUUCGUGAGCCCCACUCCCCCACCUCCUCCACCACCUCUUCCAUCUGCCUUGUCUACUUCCUCACUGAGAGCCUCGAUGACUUCAACUCCUCCCCCACCAGUCCCUCCCCCACCUCCUCCUCCAACCACUGCUCUGCAGGCUCCAGCAGUGCCGCCCCCUCCAGCUCCCCUUCAGAUCGCCCCUGGUGUCCUCCACCCAGCUCCUCCUCCAAUCGCUCCUCCUCUGGUACAGCCCUCUCCCCCAGUAGCUAGAGCCGCCCCAGUAAGCGAGACUGUGCCAGGUCAUCCCCUCCCACAAGGGGAGGUGCAGGGGCUGCCUCCACCCCCGCCGCCGCCUCCUCUGCCUCCACCUGGCGUUCGGCCAUCGUCACCUGUCACAGUUGCAGCUCUUGCUCAUCCUCCCUCUGGGCUACAUCCAACUCCAUCUGCUGCCCCAGGUCCCCAUGUCCCAUUAAUGCCUCCAUCUCCUCCAUCACAAGUCAUAGCUGCUUCUGAGCCAAAGCGUCAUCCCUCCACCCUGCCUGUCAUCAGUGACGCAAGGAGCGUGCUGCUGGAAGCAAUACGGAAAGGUAUCCAGCUUCGCAAAGUGGAAGAGCAGCGCGAGCAGGAAGCUAAGCACGAGCGCAUCGAGAACGACGUGGCCACCAUCCUGUCUCGCCGCAUCGCGGUGGAGUACAGCGAUUCCGAAGAUGACUCGGAGUUCGAUGAAGUAGACUGGCUGGAGUAAGGAAGCUGCGUUGCCGUGCGUUGCAAGACUGGAUGCACAUGCCCUUCGUGGCGCUUGUUCUCUGACAAUGUUUGGUCAUUCUAGUGUUUUGCUUCCGACUCCUCAUAAUGAAUAGCCCUCUUCCAUAAUUUUUGAUUUCUAUGGAAAGUAUUAGCAUAUAUUUCAAACUAAAUAUUUUACAGUGGCUUAUCUUAUUCCCCCCCCCCGGAAAAAUAUAAUUUGGUCCAAUAAACCACUAAGUAUUAAGCAUGGACAGCCGUUACUAGUGUAGCAGAUUCCGUUUUUGAUAUACAUUAAUUGUGCACUUUUGUGAAUUUUUUUUUUCAAAGAAAGCAACUGAGAAUGAAAUCUUGAAGGCAGCUCUGUCUGUUAACGAGCCUUACUCCAUUUCUUGAUGUUUUAGAUGAAGAAACACUGCCUCAGUUAUGUGAAUACACUCAGAAAGAACAUAUUUAGCUCGUAGUGUUGGAUUCUCCUAAAGGAAUGCUUAAUUUUUGUUAUCAUCUUAUUGUUUUAAAUACUUGCCUUAUUUGAACGUUUAGCAGAGCCCCUUUCCCACUUAUAUAUUGUGUGGUACAGUUUUGCUUGCCUAUAGAAAUUUAAAUUUUUCCAUGUGAGAUACUCAGAAUAAGCAGACGUGUAACUUACAUAACGUGAGAAUAACAAUCUGAUGUAAUAAACGGUUCAUUUUAAAGGUU